AUGAGGCUCCUGACGUUGCGUCAUCACGUGGUGCAAUGUAUCCAUGCCAAGCGUCUGCAUACUGUCCGUUGUCAUGGCCAACCUGGUACACUUGAUUGUCGCUACUUUUUCUACAACAAUCUCGGUCACAAGCAGUCUCCGUGGCACCAUGUGCCUCUCUACGCGUCGUCGUCACUCCCCAACCCUCUACAAGAUGAUAACACUGCCAUUUUUCACUUUGUGAAUGAAAUUCCAAAGGGGUCGCGACUCAAGAUGGAGAUAGCAGGCGACGAAGAAUUUAAUCCAAUCAAACAAGACAAGCGUCAAGGUGCUCCUCGUCUCUACCACAGCGCGUCACUGAUCAAUUACGGCUGUUUACCACAAACAUGGGAAGACCCUAACCACGUGGAUGCAGCCACUAAACAUGGUGGAGACAACGACCCCAUUGAUGUGUGUGAGAUUGGCAGUCGCGUCGCCAGCAUUGGCGAGAUUUACCCCGUCAAAGUGCUUGGGGUUUUGGGUAUGAUUGAUGGCGGAGAGACGGACUGGAAAGUUAUUGCAAUGAAUGUGAACGAUCCUCUAGCUGAACAGGUGAAUGACUUGAGAGACUUGAAGAAGACGCCACUGCAUGAUGUGGUUGGACAAGUGCAUCGUUGGUUCCGGGAUUACAAGAUUCCGGAUGGAAAACCGGCCAGUGAUUUUGCAUUUAAUGGCGAAGCACAAUCAAGAGAGUUUGCAUUGAAUGUGAUCCAGCAGACGCAUGAAAGCUGGAAGCAACUGGUGGGAGACGAGUUGACCUUGAAACCAAACCCAAAACUUUGGACUUGCAACGUCAAGAUGUGA